AUGUUUUUUUUCACCCGCACCCAGCACGGAAAAUCUGUUUCUCCAAAAUCGGAUAAUCGACCUCCGAUCACCGCCUCCAUGAGUCGGGCCUCGCCUCAUACGGGGUCCACAGAAAUUGGCCGUUUGAGUCAGGGCUCUAGACACAAACCAGCUUCAGUCGAAUUGCGUCAUCCAGCGGAACCGGACAAUGAAGACGAUGCGAUUAGUAGCACUUCUUCCGAGGAUGACGAAGAGGAUUCUGAAGAUGCGAGGAGCACUAAUCUGUUGGUUUAG